AGAGGUGAGUUUUUCUAUCUUCGCUGUACCCGCAACCAUGGUUGUCCUGAAGGGGAUCCCCUCGAUUCUGUCACCCGAGCUGCUCUACGCUCUUGCCAAAAUGGGCCACGGAGACGAAAUAGUUCUUGCAGAUGCAAACUUCCCAGCGUCUUCCGUCUGUAGCUGUGGCCCUAAAGAGAUCAGAGCUGAUGCCGCCCCCUUAUUUUGUAUUGGUCUUCUAGGUUUACGAAUCCCGCAGCUGUUACCAGCUGUUCUUCAACUGCUGCCGCUCGACACCUAUGUCACCGCGCCGGCAGCAGUGAUGGAUCUGGUUGACAGUGACAAGGAGAAAGGUUUAAACGUGUCUGUGUGGCGUGACUACGAAACUUGCCUCAGCCAGGAGGCUGGAAUACAUGCUCCCCUUGAGAAGAUGGAGAGAUUUGCGUUCUAUGAGCGAGCCAAGAAAGCCUACGCAGUCGUGGCUACUGGGGAAACUGCUCUGUAUGGUAACCUGAUCCUGAAGAAGGGAGUCGUCCCAGACGAACUUCUACAGUGAAACACACGGGACCAUAUAUAUAUAUAUAUAUAUAUAUAUAUAUAUAUAUAUAUAAUCAGUCUUUGCCAAGAGGCUGUGUGGGGAACUACAACUGUCAGACUCAUAUGUUGUCUACAAAUUCGUUCUGUCACUGUAUACAUGAUACUUUGAGCCUGAAUAAACCUCUUCAGUCAUGCCACUUUCGAACAUUAAACAUGGUUCUCCAGGAGUAUGUGAUUUGAAGAAAUAGUUUGAAAAUCUGUAUGAGUGAAGAUGGUUAAAAAGGGGUUAUCUACCUGCUUAGUUGCUGUCCAUCUCAUGGUGUGGUUGUGUCGCUGGGGCAACA